CUCCUUGGCAACAAGAGAUACCCCCUCCCGCCGCCCCCCCCUUCCUUUUUCCUUCUGGUUCUGAACGUGAAACCCUGUUGGAAACAGGUCUCUUGACCCUCGCCCUUGACAUUCAAAUGGCUGAAUGGAGGAGAGAUUGCUACUCGCACGUCUUGGGGGCUGUUUUUUUUUCUUCCCCCCCCCCUCUUUUCCUUUCAAAUGAGUAAUCCCUGAAGAUCUUAACCCCCCAAUUUCAUCACCCUCACCUCCCCCCUUUAUUUUUCUCUCGCUCCUCUUCCCCGCCUGCUUCCCUCCGCCGUGCUCCCCCCUCCUUUUUUUUAUUUGCAUCUCAAGUCCAAAAGGCAGAAAAUACACACGCGGCGAAGACACCCGGGCAGCCGUGGAGGCUCCGGCCCGUCCUUGGUCGUCAAUUACCUCAUUGUGGAUCUGCCAGGGCCAAGGUGGCCGAAAUUGCCCGGGCGCUGGUCGGAGAGAGAGCCUUUUGAUCAUCUUGGAGGGGGGGGGGAAAGACUGAUUUUUUUUUUCGUCGCUCUCAGGAUCGCUCUUCUGCCUUUAUUUUAUUGUUUUGGACAUUUUUGAGCGCCGUGGCUUGAACGGUGUUUUUUGUUCAUUCCUGGGUUUUAAUAUUAUUUUCCUUCUUCAUCCCUCUUUGGCCACUAUGGAAUUCUAAUUUGAACCAUGUUUGGAUUGAAGCCGCCUCUGUAUUACUUACCAGGCAUGAGCCAUGAGCCCAAGUCCCCUUCGCUAGGGAUGCUUUCCACCGCGACCAGGACCACCGCCACCGUCAACCCCCUCACCCCCUCGCCGCUCAAUGGCGCCCUGGUGCCCAGCGGCAGCCCCGCCACCAGCAGCGCGCUGUCGGCCCAGGCCGCGCCAUCCUCCAGCUUUGCCGCCGCGCUGCGCAAGCUCGCCAAACAGGCGGAGGAGCCCAGAGGGUCCUCACUGAGCAGUGAGUCGUCCCCCGUGUCCUCUCCGGCCACCAACCAUAGCUCCCCUGCCAGCACACCCAAGCGCGUGCCCAUGGGCCCUAUCAUCGUCCCCCCUGGGGGCCACAGCGUGCCCAGCACACCCCCCGUGGUGACCAUCGCUCCAACCAAAACCGUCAAUGGCGUCUGGAGGAGUGAAAGCCGGCAGGACGCCGGCUCCAGGAGCAGCAGUGGAGGUCGGGAACGCCUCAUUGUGGAGCCCCCGCUCCCCCAGGAGAAGACAGGGGGCCCAGCCAUCCCCUCGCACCUGCUCAGCACCCCCUACCCCUUCGGCCUCUCCCCCAGCUCGGUUGUGCAGGAUUCCCGCUUCCCACCACUCAACCUCCAACGGCCUGUGCACCAUGUGGUGCCCCCCAGCACCGUGACCGAGGACUACCUGAGAAGCUUCCGGCCCUACCACACCACUGACGACCUCCGCAUGUCCUCGCUGCCUCCCCUCGGCCUGGACCCGGCCACUGCUGCAGCCUACUACCACCCCAGCUACCUGGCCCCACACCCCUUCCCCCACCCGGCCUUCAGGAUGGAUGACUCCUACUGCCUAUCCGCCCUGAGGUCCCCGUUCUAUCCCAUCCCUACCCCCGGCUCCCUGCCCCCGCUGCACCCAUCAGCGAUGCACCUCCACCUCUCCGGGGUCCGCUACCCCCCCGAGCUCUCCCACUCAUCCCUGGCAGCGCUGCACUCGGAGCGCAUGUCCGGCCUCAAUGCGGAGAGGCUGCAGAUGGAUGAGGAGCUAAGGCGGGAGCGGGAGCGGGAGCGUGAGCGUGAGGCUGACCGCGAGCGGGAGAAGGAACGUGAGCGCGAACGCGAGAAGGAGCGCGAGCAAGAGAAGGAGCGUGAGCGUGAGAAGGAGCGCGAGCUGGAGCGCCAGCGGGAGCAGCGGGCCCGGGAGAAGGAGCUGCUGGCCGCCAAGGCCCUGGAGCCCGCCUUCCUGCCUGUGGCUGAGCUGCAUGGGCUGCGUGGCCAUACCACUGAGGAGCGGGGCAAGCCCUCGGAGCAGCUGACCCCAACCCGAGCAGAGAAGCUGAAGGAUGCCGGCCUGCAGGCGCCCAAGCCUGUGCAACACCCCUUGCAUCCGGUGCCCACCCCACACCACACGGUGCCCAGCCUCAUCUCCAACCACGGCAUCUUCUCUCUGCCGAGCAGCAGUGCUGCCACAGCCCUGCUGAUCCAGCGCACCAACGAGGAGGAAAAGUGGCUGGCACGGCAGCGGCGGCUGCGGCAGGAGAAGGAGGACCGGCAGUCUCAGGUGUCGGAGUUCCGGCAGCAAGUGCUGGAACAGCACCUGGACAUGGGCCGACCCCCGGUGCCGGUGGAGGCGGAGCACAGGCCGGAGAGCACCACCAGGCCAGGACCAAACCGUCACGAGCCAGGUGGCCGCGACCCUCCACAGCACUUUGGGGGGCCACCACCUCUGAUUUCACCCAAGCCCCAGCUCCAUGCUGCACCCACGGCCCUCUGGAACCCCGUGUCCCUGAUGGACAACACCUUGGAGACGCGGCGGGCCGAGAGCCACUCUGUGCACAGCCAUCCAGCUGCAUUUGAGCCCAGCCGCCAGGCAGCCGUGCCACUGGUGAAGGUGGAGCGGGUCUUCUGCCCGGAGAAAGCAGAGGAGGGGCCACGGAAGCGUGAGCCUGCCCCCCUGGACAAGUACCAACCACCUCCGCCGCCACCACGAGAGGGAGGGAGCCUGGAGCACCAGCCCUUCCCGCCCGGGCCUGGGCCCUUCCUGGCUGAGCUCGAGAAGUCCACCCAGACCAUCCUCGGCCAGCAGCGGGCCUCCCUUCCACAGGCGGCCACCUUCGGGGAGCUCAGCGGACCCCUGAAGCCUGGCUCGCCCUACCGGCCCCCAGCGCCACGGGCCCCCGACCCCGCCUACAUCUAUGAUGAGUUCCUGCAGCAGCGCCGGAGGCUGGUCAGCAAGCUGGACCUGGAGGAGCGCAGGCGGCGGGAGGCCCAGGAGAAAGGGUACUACUAUGACCUCGAUGACUCUUAUGAUGAGAGCGAUGAGGAGGAGGUCAGGGCCCACCUCCGCUGCGUGGCCGAGCAGCCGCCCCUCAAACUGGACACGUCCUCCGAGAAGCUAGAGUUUUUGCAACUUUUUGGCUUGACCACCCAACAGCAGAAGGAGGAAUUGGUGGCCCAGAAGCGGAGGAAGCGGCGGCGGAUGUUGAGAGAGAGAAGCCCAUCGCCCCCAACAAUUCAGAGCAAGCGGCAGACGCCUUCACCAAGACUGGCGCUGUCCACCCGCUACAGCCCUGACGAGAUGAACAACAGUCCCAACUUCGAAGAAAAGAAGAAGUUCCUGACCAUCUUCAACCUGACCCACAUCAGCGCCGAGAAGAGGAAAGACAAAGAGAGACUUGUUGAAAUGCUCCGUGCCAUGAAGCAGAAGGCACUGUCAGCAGCAGUGGCCGACUCCUUGACAAACUCUCCGAGGGACAGUCCUGCCGUCUCCCUGAGUGAACCAGCCAGUCAGCAAGCCUCUCUGGAUGUGGAGAAGCCGGUGGGUGUUGCUGCUUCCUUGUCUGACGUCCCAAAGGCCACGGAGCCUGGAAAGCUGGAACAGGUUCGGCCCCAGGAGCUGUCGAGAGUCCAGGAGCUAGCUCCUGCCAGCGGGGAGAAGGCCAGGCUGAGCGAGGCCCCUGGAGGCAAGAAGAGCCUGAGCAUGCUUCACUACAUCCGGGGCGCUGCAUCCAAGGACAUUCCUGUGCCGCUGUCCCACAGCACCAAUGGGAAGAGCAAGCCGUGGGAGCCCUUUGUGGCAGAAGAGUUUGCACAUCAGUUCCACGAGUCAGUGCUGCAGUCCACCCAGAAGGCCCUGCAGAAGCAUAAAGGGAGCAUGGCUGUGCUGUCCGCAGAGCAGAACCACAAGGUUGACACGUCUGUCCACUACAACAUUCCCGAGCUGCAGUCCUCCAGCCGCGCCCCUCCACCCCAGCACAAUGGGCAGCAGGAGCCCCCCACUGUGAGGAAGGGGCCCCCAACCCAGGAGAUGGACCGGGACUCGGAAGAGGAGGAAGAAGAGGAGGAUGAAGAUGGAGAAGAUGAUGAGGAAGCCCCAAGACGCAAGUGGCAAGGGAUUGAGGCCAUUUUUGAAGCUUACCAGGAACACAUAGAAGAGCAAAAUCUGGAACGGCAGGUGUUGCAGACACAAUGCAGACGACUGGAGGCCCGGCACUACAGCCUCAGCCUGACGGCAGAGCAGCUCUCCCACAGCGUGGCGGAGUUGAGGAGCCAGAAACAGAAGAUGGUCUCAGAACGGGAGCGGCUCCAGGCAGAACUGGACCACUUACGAAAGUGCCUUGCCUUGCCUGCAAUGCACUGGCCUAGGGGCUACCUGAAGGGAUACCCCAGGUGACGGUUUCCCUUGCACUAGGCCGAACCUAUAGUAUAGAAAUAUUAUCUAUUUUAUUACCUUGAAUAUUUAAUAUUUUUCACUGGGAGGUUUGAAGCUUACAAAAUGAGAAUGUGCCAUGCAUGAAGCAAAGGAUUCCAGGCUCCAGAAAAAAAGAAUGAACUCACCUUGACGUCAAUGCAAUUGAAUCAACAUUGUCAUUCAGCGAGCAACCAAUGUAGGAUUGCCCAUACUUUUUCUUUUUAAAGGUGGUUUUAGUCCUUCCUCGCCCACAUUAUUUCUUAAUCUGAACGUGAAGGCUCCAUUAGCAACACUAAAAUGUGAUCAUUGACAGCCCCCUGUGCAGAUGAGUGGAUCAAACCGGUUCUGUUCUUUCUUGUGUUGCCAUGUUACUAUGCCUCAAGCCCAGUUUGCUUUUGCCGCAGUGAUGGGGCCAGUCUCAUUCCUCCCAGGAGUGAAACUUGCUUCACGCUGUAAAGGUUGGGUGCAUUAUAAGUAAAAAAGGGCUUAUUUGUUUCAUUUACUUUCCUGCAAAAUUUUCUUCAAAGCAGCAAGUCCUAGGAGCACACAAAGCAACCCAAAGGCUUUUCCCUGGAAAAGCUCUUACCUAAAGAUAAAACCAAUUCACAAACUGAAGGUACCUUUUUAUUACUCCGUGGGGAGCAUGUACAGAGCUCUGUGUAUACACAGCUUCACACCCACUAGAUUGUUGCUACAGUGGGUGGGGUUUUCAUACAGACGUAAAUUUUGAGAGAAAAGUCAAAGGUGCUUCAGCCUUGUACUGUGUAUAUAUAUUAAAAAAACAAAGUUU